CCCCUCCAGUAACCCCCCCCUCUUUCAUCACCAUUUUCCCAUCUCCAUUCUUGACUUUCUUCUACAAAUCCACAAAACAUAUUGAUAAAACCAAGGGGAAAAAAACAUAAAUAAGAACAAACACACCUAUCUGAAUUUUUAUUUUUUAUUUUUUUCCCUUCUUGUUUACUGCUUAAUUACAUAAGAGCAAAGAAGCAGAAAAAGGCUGAGAAAUCUUUAAACUGCAGGUAAGAUGAAUUUUGUGUCAGUAUUGGAGGUCCAGAAGUUCAAAUCGAUGCUUUGACGAAUACCCAUUUGUUUAUUUCACAGUGUAAAUGCAACUUUGUAGAUCAGUAGCCUCCUGGAUUUCACGUUUCUUCGCUUGCAUGGGAAGUUGUCUUGGGUGCUGUAUAAAGCCUCCACAUGUUAUUUCAGUGGAUAGGCCAUCCAAAGGACAGAAAGUUCAGGGUAAACGCUUGAGGAAACGUAGUUCAAGGGACGACUUCUGGAGCAGUAGUGCUUGUGAGAUGGAGAAUAGCGCAUUUCCUUCACAGAGAAGCAUCUCGUCAAUUAGUACUUCAAAUCAGGGCCUUGAUCCCCAUAGUAGCUCCAGCACCACAAACAACAACUCUGAAUUUGUAAAUCAUGGUCUAAUUCUUUGGAGUAAAACUAGGCAAGAGUGGAUUGGAAAUAGAACACAUCAGAAGCGUACUGCGGCUCGAGAACCUAAACUAAGCUUUGAUGCGAGUUACGAGACUUUGCUAGGGACCAACAAGCCUUUCCCUCAUUCAAUCCCUCUAUCGGAAAUGGUAGACUUUCUUGUUGAUGUCUGGGAACAGGAAGGGCUGUAUGAUUGAACUGGUCUUAACCAACCAUUGUAUUUCUGUUUGUAAAGUUUACUGAAAGCAGGGCAAAAAAGAUUAAAACAGUUAUUUUUAGUCACAAGAUUUGUAUGUUUAAAAAGGAAAUACCUGAAAACUUUUCAAAUGGAGGAAAGGACCCUUCUUUAAUUUGCUAAUAAACGAAUUUAUUUUCAAGCAUUCAAAUGA